AUGCUGCCAAUGCCAGAGGCUCAGGAGGUUGCCUUAGAUACUGCUGGAAGGAGGACAGGAGAGGAGGGAGGUGUGAGAGAUAGCAGGGAGAGUGAUAGAGGAAGCGGGGAAGGAUGACUCGGAGAGGGGGAUGGGUGUGAAAGAAAGAUAGAUAAUGUUGCCUCACUCAUCUCUUCCCGGUGUGUGUGUGUGUGCGCGUGUGUGAUGUGUGUUUGCCUGCAUGCGUGUGUGUGUAUGUGUGUGUGUGUGCGUGCGUGAGUGCAUGCGUGUGUGUGCGUUUGUGUGAUAUACAAUGAGAUAGUCUGGUGUCCUUGAGGGUCAGUAAAGGUGGACAUGGUAAGUAGCUAUAUUGGCUUGAGGCUGUCUGAGCUGUGGUUGGCUGUUCUGGAUGUCUGAGCUACUGGGCUGUGGUUGGCUGUUCUGGCUGUCUGAGCUACUGGGCUGUGGUUGGCUGUUGUGGCUGUCUGAGCUACUGGGCUGGCAUUGCUGGUUGCUGAUAGGUGCUUAAGAACACAUCACUUCAAACUACACAGCAUUCCUCUGUAAACAAGAUUACAGAUUUCAUAAUGACUGUUGAAUGCAUCAGAAAGCGAAGUAUCACGACAGAUCCACAUGGUUUAAUGUCAACCCACUCAUGAAUGAUCCAGUCAACUCAUACCAGACUACUGGAUGAGCAACCAAAGAGUUAGAUAUAGAAAUGCCUCAUGUUCACACAUUCAAAAUGGGGCUCUUGAUAUCAUAUUAUAAACAUUAUUACAUAUUAAAAACAAACAUUGAAUGUUUUCUAUUUCUCUUUCUCCCCACUUCUUUCCCCAUCCUUUCCUCCCUCCCUCCCUCCCUCCCUCCCUCCCUCCCUCCCUCCCUCCCUCCCUCCCUCCCUCUCCCCUCCAGCCCGUGAGGACUACUUAGCAACAUUUAAGGGAUCAGAGUAUUUCUGCUAUGACCUGUCUCCCAGCCCCAUCCAGUCCUCCAGCGAUGAGAUCACCCUGAGCUUUAAGACCCUGCAGAGGAACGGCCUGAUGCUCCACACAGGCAAGUCGGCUGACUACGUCAACCUGGCCUUAAAGAACGGAGCCGUGUCACUGGUCAUCAACCUGGGGUCCGGGGCUUUCGAGGCCCUGGUGGAGCCGGUUAACGGGAAGUUUAACGAUAACGCCUGGCACGAUGUCAAGGUCACGCGCAACCUGAGACAGGUAACCUGGCAACAGCAGGGGAGGGGGAUUUGGGAAGGAGGGGAGAGAAGGGAAGGGAGAAAGAGAAAGGGAUAAAGAGGGUGAGAUGGAAAGACAGGCAGAGAGAAAGAGGGUAUGUGUGUGUGUGAGAGAGAGAGAGCGAGAAAGAGACAGCGAAAGAGUGAACGAGGGCGUAUCUGUGCUAAACUCACUAUGUAUGUACAGUAUGUACGCGUGUGUGUGAGUGUGUGUGUGUGUGUGUGUACACUUGCAUGUGUGUGUGUUAGCGUCAGGGCUGGGGAUACUAUGGUGCUGCUAACUGUAGUCUUCUGCUGUUUGCCUGUGUGUGUGUACCAACUACUAACUACUAACUGUACUUACUAACCUGCUAGUAAUACUAACUAACCUCCAUCCAUGGAAUGUGUCAUACUACUAACCUGUUGCCUUCUCCACUCCUCUCUAACCUUCACUGGCCUUCUACCUUUUCUUUUCCUUUUUCGGAAGUUGUUCUGUUCACACUUUUUGCUUUCCUUUCUCCCCGUCUCCCACAAAGCACUCAGGCAUUGGACACGCUAUGGUAAACAAACUCCAUUGUUCGGUAGAUACCAUUCUAAUCGUUUCUUAGUUUGGGUUUGUCUAUUUUCUUUUUCUGAGCCGUAGAACAACUAAAACUAUACUAGAACAGGAUGAUGGCGGUUGGUACUCUACGCUUAUCACUCCCCUCCUCCUAGCCACUCUAUUUUUUUCUACCUUUCCUUUUACCUUUUUCCAACAUUCACCCCAUCUCCCUGUGGUUGAUAUGUAGGCGUGUCCUGAUUGGCUCAUCCCUCAGUUGCACGCGACUGGCCACUCCCCCUGCAUGGUACAACUUCAUGGUGCCUCUCUGAUUGGUCCAUUAGACACAGAGAGAGGCCAACCCCCCUCCCCCCUUUUUAAAUUUGAUCCUAUUCUCUCUCUCCAUUCCUCCUCUGCAUGCUGUCCAUCCUGCUGCUGAGCCCAGGCUCUUCUGUUGUCAUUUGUUUUCUCGUUCCUGUCUUCCUCCUGCUGUUGACUGCAUGCAGAGAGAGGAGGCUGCAUGUGUGUGGAAUGACUAACCCAUCUAACUUUGCGUGUCCGUGUGAGUCAGUAUGUGUGUCACAUCAUUCAGACCUACUGAUCUGACUAACUCUCCACUCCACACACUCACAUACUCACACACAAUCUAACCCAUCACCCCUACCCCCUCACACACUUUAACCCCCAACACCAUCAUCACUACUAACAUCUUGUUUAUCACUAAACUCUACACUACUAACCGCAUUAACACCAUUUACUAUCACACUACUAAAUACCAUUACUAACACACUACAAACUACUAUUCUACUAACCUGGAACUGACUACUAACUACUAGCUAACACACUAACAGCUACACGCUCACUAACACACUAACUGAUUGUGGCUGCUGAGCCUCUGUUGAGGCCUUACUAACACUUGCCUGAUUUACCUGGUUAGCUACUGAUGUUAAUGCUAUAUAGUCAGGGUAAUCCUUGUUAGCUACUGAUACUAGUGUUAUAUAGUCAGGGUAGUCCUGGUUAGCUACUGAUGCUAAUGCUACCUAUAGCCACUGUAAUCCUGGUUAGAUACUGAUGCUAAUGCUACCUAUAGCCAGGGUAAUCCUGGUUAGCUACUGAGGCUAAUGCUACCUAUAGCCUGAGCUAGCUACACAUGUUACUGUAAACUACCCAGUGGGUUAGCCUUUGUUGCUAAUCAACAACAAGCUUGUUUGCGUUUUAUAGAACCAAUGUUAUUCCUUUGGUUGUUCUCAUGGCAGAUCGAUUACAAUUGGUCCUUGCAAAAAGAUCAAGAGGUGUUGUGGAUUCACUGACAAAGAAGACUGAGUGCUGCUUUUCUUUAGCAUCAACGUUGCCAUAAGAAGUUAAAACUCGACACAUAUCUUAUUACUGCUUUAACUGGAGCCUGAAAAUGAUUGAAAAUAGCAUUUAUUGGGUGACUAGAUUCCCUAAUGCACAAUAGGGGACAUUGCUUUGGGGCAGAUUCCGCCUCACGUUGAGCAGAGUAAGCUCAAUACACCUAGUAGGGUUGGGUGGUAUCCAGAUUUUCAUACCGUCAUACAGUUUCUGUACCAUAUCGGGGUAUAUGGUAUUACCGGAACAGCACACGCUAUACUUAAAAAAAAAAAAAAAAUUAGUGCAGCAGGGAUCUUGAUCCAGGAGGGUAUUGAAUGCCUCUAUUCUGGGUACCAGUCGUUUUAGCUAACAUUCCACUCUUUUCCACUCCAUGUCAUUGCCAAAGAGACUGGCCUUUCGGCAAUCUCAACGUUCAAUAUGUUGCUGGAUUUAUGGCGGAGUUGCUCAUUGGUUGUUGGAAAUAACAUGAAUGUUUUCCUUGACAACAUGUCGAGCCUCGAAAAUAGAAUUACAAUUAUAACAAAAUCAAAAACAAACAUUUAGCUGUUAGCUAGGCAAGUUGUUGUAUUUUGAGGCUUAAAAUCAAAGCAAAGAGGUUUUGUGGUUGGAAUUGCAGUAGCCUAUAUAUUUAGUUUGAGAAUUUAGACAUGAGCUAGCAACUUUUGACAGACUGGUUUUGUCUGGACAAACAGAAAAUGGUUGCUUAGCAACCAGAUACCAACGUGUUUUGUGGAGAAAUAAAGUGACCAAUAUUUGGAUAAUCAUUGUGAUUGGAGGAUAGCUGUGAGGGUUAUCGAAUUAGGUUCAACUCCUCUAUAUAGAAUGUUCAUAUUUGAAAAUGGCAGAAAGGCCAGUCUCUAUGGCAAUGGCAUGGAGUGGAAUGUUAGCUAAAGAGACUGGUACUCAGGCUAGAAUGUCUCUGCUGUAACCAAUAAGCUUGAUCUUCACAUCUAGCCACUUAGCUAGCAAGUUAGCAAACCAAAUGCAAAGCUGGAGCCCUGAGCUGGACAUAAUUAAUUGAUACAUCUUAGAUUUCUUAUAGUUAUACAUAACUUAUAGUUAUAAGCAGUGGUGUAGCACACACUCCCGCAGCCCCCGGGAGGCGGGGGUGCCCCCAAUGGUAUUGAAAAUCGUAUCGUCGAUAUUUCGAAUUACCCCAGUAUAUGGUAUAAAGGGUUAUCGCUUAAGCCUAACAGCUACUCUCUUGCCUUGUGCUCGUGGUGAUAUUUAGGCAGAACAGCAGAGAAUGUAUGCUUUUUGCGCUCUUCAGAGUGGAGAUACAGAAGUGAGGCAAUGAAUCUACAAGAAACACCUCCACCAAUUCGUCAACACACCAUUGUCUGUGGAUGAAAUGGGGAGUUUCACAUUCCCUCCAUGCAAUGCUCCACGCAAGAAGUAUAAAUUACCUAUUAGUCAGCUAAUAUUAACUACGUGGCUAGCAAUGCUACGCUAAUACCAUACCUGGCAAAAUAAUGAACGUAGAUCGCUAGCGUGUAGCUAAAUAUUGGAACUGACUGUUAAGAUUCAUAUUGCCACGAGGAAAGAAAUGUAUGGGUGAAGGUCACACCCAGGGCAGAAUUUAGAUGCAUAGAAUCUUGUCCAUGAUGCCCCGAGGGCAAAGGACUUCAAGCACAAAUUGGUUAAAUGGUUUUAGGGCAGUGUUGUAGUAAUCGAGUCUAGGACUCUACGAUUUCCAUGACUUGGAGCUUGACUCGGACUUGGCCAUUGUUGACUUGAACUUGGACUCGGACUCAAAGACUUGUGACUUUGUCAGGUAAAUUCUCUCCCUAGCAUUACAUGUAUAUCCAGUGCAACAUCCUAGCUACAACAGCAAAUGUUAGGUAGCUAAAGUAUUAGCUAAACAUUUCAAAUGAUUAACUUAUCUUGAAAGAUUUUUGGACCGCAGCAUUUAGCACUAACAAGGGAAUUGUGACUCGACUAGAGCUUGUGUAUAAAGGACACGGACUUGGACAUUUGUUCUGCCUCCAUGACAGAUCUGCCCUGAGAACGGAGUUGGUUCCAUAAUACUCCAACGAGCCCAAACCACCUCAUGACACAGACAGGAAACAGGUCCAAACACAGCUAAACCAAUGAAAUCAGAGAAUAAACACAGUUAGACCAAUCAAAUCACACAAACCAAACACAGCUAGACCAAUCAAAUCACAGACCAGUUCCAAACAACUGAACAACCAAUCUAAUCCAACUGACCAACCAAUCCACUGACCAACCAACCACAGCCAAGACCAGACCACCUCCCCAGACCCUACCAAGCCAGAAGGGGGCAGACUAAUUCGGCUGGCUAGCGCGUAGCGCUGCAUUUGGUGUGAGUAUAGCGUGUCCUUUCCCUGUGCUUUGUUGUAUAGGUGACAAUCUCUGUGGACGGCAUUCUGACCACUACGGGCUACACCCAGGAAGACUACACCAUGUUGGGCUCAGAUGAUUUCUUCUACGUGGGAGGAAGUCCCAGUACUGCCGACCUCCCUGGAUCUCCUGUUAGCAACAACUUCAUGGGCUGCCUCAAAGAGGUGGGGAGUACACACAUACACACUAACACACUUGUACACAUCUAUACAUCAUACACAUGCAUACACAGAUCUACAUUUGCAAAUAUCAUUCACAUACAGAGCUAGGCCUACAGGCUUAUCUACACACUCAUGAUCCCAUACUCUAUACAGUAAUAAGGGACACAGAGAGAUACACACACAUUUGACAGCGACACACAAACACACACACACACAUUUGGCAGAGGCACACACACCCAUCCUCCCAUGUGCAGGCUGCAGCAUCAGAGAGAAUCAGCGAUGAGUGUUGCUGAGGGAGCAGACGCAGCGCUAAGCGCUAACAUGCUAAUUAGCUCUGCCACUGAGACCCUCUAUCCAUCCGCUCUGCUCCAAAAAAGGGCCAACAGCUCACACACACACACACACACACACACACGGACAUAUGCACACAAAUGCAUGUGCACAUACACACACACACACACAAAUAAACAGACACAUAAAAACUCACAAACAAACAAACUGACAGAUGAUGUGCCAACAGAGUGAUAUCAGUAAUAGUAGCAUGUGGGGGGGGGGGGGGGGGGGGGGGGGUUAUUCUAUCCUUGUGGGUACCUAAAAUCCCCACAAUUCCCCACAAGGAUAGUAAAACAAGGAAAAUUCACCUUGUGGGGACAUUUCACACAUCCUCAUGAGGAGAGAGGUUUUUUAAGCUUAGGGGUUAGGUUUAGGGUUAGGGUUAGUAUUAAGGUUAUGGUUAGAAUUAUGGUUAACGUAAGGGUAAGGGGUUAGUGGUUAGGGUUAGGAGUUAGGUUUAGGGGUUAAGGUUAGGGAAAAUAGGAUUUUGAAUGGAAAUUAAUUUUAGGUCCCCACGAGGAUAGAAGAACAUAACGUGUGUGUGUGUGUGUGUGUGGUUGAUUGGGACUGAUGGUGUUGUAGGCAGGCUGCUGUCAGAGAUACAUUUACAUAUUGAAUGUGAUCAUAUGCUAAUCCAUGGGAAAUAAUUAAGAUGUACGACUGAACACACUCGCAAGACUGAUCAUCAGCCCUGUACAACAUUUCAUGCACACCAACACACAAACCCAUGCACAUACACACACAUAUAUACACACAAGCACAUUCUUUCUCUCCCUCACACACACACACAAAAGGGUAUUUCAGUGAUGCGUAUUGCUGAGUUCUGCACAGUUCACAGACAAAGGUCUGACGUAUGAAAGCAGAAUGUUUGUGUGUGUGUGACAUUGCAGCCAUAAUAAUGCUGCUCACAUACUUGGAGACAAGGAUGGAGAGAGAAAGAGGUUCUAUAUUGAACCCUAAUAAACUGAAGCCUUGCGCUGCACCUCAUAAGUUAUUCUUCUCCUCGUCUCCUCUCCUUGUCUUCUCUCCUUUAGCUAGACUGGUAUGGAAACACAAGUUUGGAGGAAGCAACAUGACAUAGCUACCUGAGGCUUCGCUUCUCCUGUCCAACUAGCUCUGAUCAUUGUGACUAAAGGAGAGGAGACAAGGAGAGGGGGAUAACAGACUAUUGAUUUGCACUCUUGCUCUCUCCCCUAACCUCUUAUCCCUGACCUUUACCCUGACCCUUCAACCCUGACCUCUAGGUGGUGUAUAAGAACAAUGAUGUACGGUUGGAGCUGUCUCGGCUGGCUAAGCAGGGAGAUGCUAAGAUGAAGGUAAGACACCAUAGUUUCUUCACUGGUCUCAAAACAUAUCCUAACCCUUUAGUAGUCUAUUGCUGCACAGCUCUAUUCCUCACUGUUUCACUUUAUUUUAUUGUGUCUAUUUGAUGUCAAAUAUGUGUUAAAUGCUCUUUCCCAUCCAUCAGGUGAGCGGUAUAGUGGCGUUUAAGUGUGAGAGUGUGGCAACCCUCGAUCCUGUGACCUUUGACACCCCAGAGUCGUUUGUGGCAUUGAGCAAGUGGAGCGCCAAGAAGGCGGGGUCAAUCUCCUUUGACUUCAGAACGACAGAACCCAACGGAUUGAUGCUCUUCAGCCACGGGAAACCACGACAGCAGCAACGCAAAGACCCCCGCACACCCCCCACCCUAAAGGUAAGGACACGUACACACACACACAUAAACCACACACCGACCCUCGCACCCACCGCACCGUAAAGGUAAUGACACACACACGUUCAUAUUAUAUUGAUGUUUAUACUGUUGUUGAUAUUUAUAUUGUACUGUUUUUUUCUAUUGUUGCCGUUACUGUUGCAGGUGGAUUUCUUUGCCAUCGAGAUGCUGGACGGUCACCUGUACUUGCUGCUGGACAUGGGCUCAGGAACCACCAAGACCAAGGCCAUCGACAGGAAGGUCAACGAUGGGGAGUGGUACCACGUCGACUUCCAGAGGGAUGGACGCUCAGGUAUCUUAUUUAUUUAUUUGAUUUAACCUUUAUUUAACCAGGUGUAGGAGCCAUUUAUCAUGUUUUGUGUUAUAUUUAUUUUAUCCCUAUAUCUACCUAUACUUACACUAUAUAUACAAAAGUAUCUGGACACCCCUUCAAAUCAGUGGAUUCGGCUAUUUCAGCCACACCCGUUGCUGACAGGUGUAUAAAAUCGAGCACUCAGCCAUGCAAUUUCCGUAGACAAACAUUGGCUGUAGAAUGGCUUUACUGAAGAGCUCAGUGACUUUCAACGUGGAACCUUUCCAACAAGUCAGUUCGUCAAAUCUCUGCCCUGCUAGAGCUGCCCCGGUCAAAUGUAAGUGCUGUUAUUGUGAAGUGGAAACAUCUAGGAGCAACAACGGCCCAGCCGCGAAGUGGUAGGCCACACAAGCUCACAGAACGGGAAGGCAGAGUGCUGUAGUGCGCAGUGAGUAAAAAAAACUGUCUGUGCUCGGUUGCAACACUCACUACUUAGUUCCAAACUGCCUCUGGAAGCAACAUCAGCACAAGAACUGUUCUUCGGGAGCUUCUAUUGCCGAGCAGCCGCACACAAGCCUAAGAUCACCAUGCACAAUGCCAAGCGUCGGCUGGAGUGGUGUAAAGCUCGCCGCCAUAGGACUCAUGAGCAGUGGAAAAGCGUUCUCUGGAGUGAUGAAUCACGCUUCACCAUCUGGUAGUCCGACGGACGAAUCUGGGUUUUGCGGCUACCAGGAGAACACUACCUGCCCCAUUACAUAGUGCCAACUGUAAAGUUUGGUGGAGGAGUAAUAAUGGUCUGGGGCUGUUUUUCAUGGUUCGGGCUAGGCCCCUUAGUUCCAGUGAAGGGACAUCUUAAUGCUACAGCAUACAAUGACAGUCUAGACGAUUCUGUGCUUCCAACUUUGUGGCAACAGUUUGGGGAAGGCCCAUUCCUGUUUCAACAUGACAAUGCCCCCGUGCACAAAGCGAGGUCCAUACAGAAAUGGUUUGUCGAGAUCGGUGUGGAAGAACUUGACUGGCCUGCACAGAGCCCUGACCUCAACCCCAUCGAACACCUUUAGAAUGAAUUGGAACGCCGACUGCGAGCCAGGCCCCGCAGCAAUGUUCCAACAUCUAGUGGAAAGCCUUCCCAGAAGAGUAGAGGCUGUUAUAGCAGUAAACGGGGGACCAACUCCAUAUUAAUGCCCAUGAUUUUGGAAUGAGUGUACCUGUACCUGUUUAGCACCUGACUGCUUAUAUUUUGCUGCCAGGCGAUUGUGUGGGUGGGAACUAGUCUGCCUGGGAACACAGACAACUUUCAACCGUAUCGUACUCUUUUUGAACAAUGACAGAAGAAGAGAAGGAAAAUAAAUGGACUAAACGUAUUCUUGGAUUUCUGUCUUUUAUUCGAUUGUGCGUAUUGGAAUUAUCCCCAGGUCACUACCCAGCUAGCAAAUUUGUUUCCUUAGAAGUUGUGGGAACGUACGUUUUUGGUUUCCCAUUCGUUCUGGGAACGAAUCCAUACGUUCCUGACUGGUAAAUCUGAAAGUUUUUUAAACGUUCUGAGAACAGAAGUGAACAUUUAGCCUAUUCUGGGAACUUUCGUUUUUGGGUUGCAGGGAGGUUCUGAUAACAUUUUACUCUGGUUCCUUGAAAGUUUUCCUGGGAGGUUUUAAUAACUCCCUGAGAACAGAAAUUAUAGGUUAGUUGGAGGUUUUUGAAUAACUUCCUUAAAACUUUCACAGCUAGCUUGCUUUGGGCUAACUUUUUUUUAACUCCAAGCUCAGAUAGGACACAUGGAAAUUAAUUUCCUUAGGCAUUAAUCAUGCACAUUUCUUUUUUAUUGUGACACAGCAUCAGUGAGUUUCAAACCAAUAAUCUUCUGUUCUUAAUCCAUGGAAUUAGUUCGCUGCGCCACCAGGAAGGAGCUUGCAUGCCGUGUUUUUUUUACGCAUACAAAUAGAGAAAACCUGUAGGAAACCUGGGGAAACCUGUAGGAAAUGUUAUGCUGAAGUACUGAAAUUCCCACAGAAGAACGUUGUUUCUUAACGUUCUUGGAACAAUUUGAGAACAUGACUUUAAAUAGAACCAUGAGGAAACCUGUGGGAAACAUUAUGCUGAAGUACUGAAAUACCCACAAAAGAACGUUGUUUCUUAACGUUCUCUGAACUAUUUGAGAACAUUCCCAAUGUCAAACCAGUCCAAAAUGUAUAAUUAAAUGUAACCAUGUUUGAACUUUUAGAAAACAUUAAAGUGCCUAGUCACUUUAGCCCUACCUAUAUGUGCAUCGCUACUUCAUUUACCUCGUACCCCUGCACAUCGACUCGAUACUGGUACCCCCUGUAUAUAGCCAUGUUAUUUUUACUCAUCAUUGUUAUUCGUUAUUCACUGUGUAUUUAUUCCUCAUAUCACUAUUUCUAUUAUUUUAUUUAAAUUAUCUUUAACUCUGCAUUGUUGAAAAAGGACCCGUAAGUAAGCAUUUCACUGUUGGUCUACAUCUGUUGUUUACGAAGCAUGUGACAUAUAACAUUUGAUUUGAUUUGAAAUACCCCAAAAAAGAAAAAUAUCAAGUUCGUUAAAUGUGCUGAGAAUGUUCCAAAAACAAGCAACUAUCCUGCACCAUUCCCAGAACGUUGUGGGAAGGUUAUCUGCAAAAUAAACAUUGGACAACCAUGCUCUCACCAAGCUCUAAGAAACAUCUGGUUCUCAGAAUGUUAUGUGCUAGCUGGGUAGUAAGUGACAUCAUAACUUUUUGGGUUUUUGCCAUUACACCGGGCAAGUAAAUUAAGAACAAUUAUUUAUUUACAAUGACGGCCUGGCAAGUGUUGAGGGGCAGAGGGUGAAGGUCUUUUAACAUUUACAUUAACAUUUACAUUUUAGUCAUUUACCAGACUCUCAACUUACAGUCAGUGCACCCUAAUCAUUGACCUCCCUUAACCCUAACCUGUGUGUGUGUAGGUACUAUCUCAGUGAACUCACAGCGUACAGCGUACACGGCUCCAGGGGACAGUGAGAUUCUAGACCUGGAUGAUACUCUGUACCUGGGAGGAUUACCCGAGGACCGCCAAGGACUCAUCUUCCCUACUGAGGUGUGUGUGUGUGUGUGUGUGUCUAUGUGUGUGUGUUCGCUCACUUGAGUGUAUCGUGUGUGUGUGUGUAAUCUGUGUGUCUCUCCUUCUCUCUGUAGGUGUGGACAGCGUUGUUGAACUACGGCUAUGUGGGCUGUGUGAGAGACCUGUUUGUGGACGGUCAGAGUAAGGACAUCCGUCGUCUGGCUGAGGCUCAGAGGGCUGUAGGGGUUAAACCCUCCUGCUCCAGAGAGCCUCCUAAACAGUGUCUGUCCAACCCCUGCCAACACAGCGCCACCUGCAGGUACUACUGUACUACUGCACCGCCACUUACUCAAGUCACGUCUACUGUACUGUAUGGAACUAUUUUGAUGUAUGCUUGACUGUUUCUAAAGGACUUCCUGCACUUUUAACUGAGUUCUAGACAGAAAGAAGACAUAUUCUAGACAUAUUUACAGAAUGUAUUUAAAAAAUAUAUAUAAUAAUAUUGUCACAUACACCGGAUAGGUGUAUUCUUCACCUUGUUGGCAACCUUUCUCUUACUGGCCCAACCGCUAGGUUACCUGCCGCCCGUUAUCAAUAAAGCACCUUGAAUUAAUAUAUUUAAUUUAGCAGAUGCUUUUAUCCAAAGCGACUUACAUGUGUGCAUAUAUUGUACGUAUGGGUGGCCCUGGGAAUCGAACCCACAACCCUGGCGGUGAAAGUGCCAUGCUCCACCAACUGAGCCAUACAUGACCCUUCACUAAGCCCGCCCCAUAAUUUUGGCCAACCAAUCGCAGCACUCCAUUGGAUAACAACUGCCGCUAACCAAGCUCGAGUCCGGUGCCUAGGACAAGCCUUAGUGGAGGGUGAAUUGAGGAAUUCCAGUGUUUGUAGUCUGAACUACUCUGGCAUGACCCUUGUCUUGACACUUGACCUUUACCUUCUGCAGGGAGGGCUGGAACAGAUAUGUGUGUGACUGCUCUGGGACUGGAUACCUGGGACGGGCCUGUGAGAGAGGUGAGCGGGUGGGGAGUGAGGGAGGGAUGGAGAGAGGAGGAAGGAGGUGGGAUUACUUAGUCUCUGGUUUAUUAAAGCAUUGUCUACUGUAUAGUUACUACCUCUGAACAGUCAUACUGAACCAAUAAAACAUAUAAAAAGAGACAGACCGAGAGAGAUGAAAGAAGGAAGACUGAGUGAGUGAUGGAUGAAGUGAAUCCCUUAGAGACAGGGAAAGCUGAAGAGAGAGACAGAUGGAGAAAAGAAAGAUGAGUCAGAGAGAGGGAGGAGAGAGAGCAUGUUGUCAUGGUGAAGCAGCUGAUUCUGUUACCAUGGUAAUUCAUUUUCUUGCCAAUAUCUAACAAACACACACACCUCAGAUCUGUCCUCUAUAGGGAGAUGAAAUUGAAAAAUGUGUGUGUGAGAGAGAGCGAGGGUCAGCCUCAGUAACUGGUGGUUCAGUGGAUUAAAGGAUGGACAGAUGGAGAAACAGAUGGAGAGAGUGAUUGGCCAUGUUUACUCCUACCUGCAGUUCUACUUCUUUCUAUGUCUCUCUUUCUCUCCAUCUCUCUCACUCUAUCUCUCUCUUUUUGUCCCCAAUAUUCUCGCAGAUCUGUUUGUUUCUUCAGUUUUAAUCCAGAACAGUCGUCACAAGGACACGUUCAGACAUACUGCCUUCAUCAGCAUCCAUCCUUCUCCAUCUCCUGCCUCUCCCACCCUCUCCCACCCUCUCCCACCCUCUCCCUCCCUCUCCCUCCCUCUCCCUCCCUCUCCCACCCUCUCCCACCCUCUCCCUCCCUCUCCCUCCCUCUCCCUCCCUCUCCCACCCUCUCCCACCCUCUCCCUCCCUCUCCCUCCAUCUCCCUUUUUCUACUACCCUCCUCAGUCAGGUUCUCUGCUGAAGCGCCAUUUUAUCAUUUCAAUUAGUCAGCUGUUUAGAAAUUACUCAGGUGUGUGUGUAUGUGCACUUGUAUGUGUUAGUUAGUUAGUUAUGUUAUCGUGAUGUAACAGGCUAACCUCCAGUUAAUGAGGAUUCAUUUGCAUUUUAGCCAAAAGCUUUUCUCCCGCUCUUCCACUCUCUUCCUCUCUCGCCUUCUCCCUAUCUCUCCUUUGCUCUAGCCUUCCUCGCUUUACUGAACACUCCUCUGUUCCCUCUGAAAUGCACUCCCUUAUUCACAUUCACACACACACAGACUCUGAGCUCAUUAGUAUGCAUGAGGCCUCUCUCUUCCUGUUCUCUUGUUUUCGCCUCCAACGGUCUUCCACGGAAACAGAGAUAGGAGGAGAGAGAGAGAGGAGGGAGAGAGAGAUGAACGAAGGAGCUUUGAAUUUUAUAUUUUCUGGCAUUUAAAUCAAACUGGAGACACUGUUUGAUCUGGAUUGGUCUGGAUUGGUCUAGACUGGUCUGGACUGGUCUGGACCUGUUUUUUCUUGUCACUGGCAGAUAUUCAUGUCUUCUUCUGCUUCACUCCUUUCUUCCACCCCCCCCCCCCCCCCCCCCCCCCACUUCUCUAGAUGCGACCAUCCUGUCCUAUGAUGGUAGUAAAUUUAUGAAGGUCCAGUUGCCCGUAGCGAUGCACACCGAGGCGGAGGACGUGUCACUACGGUUUCGCUCCCAGCGAGCCUACGGUGUUCUCAUGGCAACAACAUCACGGAACUCAGCCGACACGCUCCGACUGGAGCUGGAUGGGGGCCGUGUCCGCCUUACUGUCAACCUAGGUACACACAGAUACUGUCAACCUAGGUACACACAGAUACUGUCAACCUAGGUACACACAGAUACUGUCAACCUAGGUACACACAGAUACUGUCAACCUAGGUACACACAGAUACUGUCAACCUAGGUACACACAGAUACUGUCAACCUAGGUACACACAGAUACUGUCAACCUAGGUACACACAGAUACUGUCAACCUAGGUACACACAGAUACUGUCAACCUAGGUACACACAGAUACUGUCAACCUAGGUACACACAGAUACUGUCAACCUAGGUACAUACAGAUACUGUCAACCUAGGUACACACAGACAAUGUCAACCUAGGUACACACAAACACAUUUUGUUAGCCUAGAUACACACAAGCACACAGACACUGUCAACCUAAGUGCACAUAAACAUUUACACCAAAAUCUGAUAUUACACACAUACACAAACACUCACAUCCACUCUAUUGUACUGUACUGUAUUGUCUGUCUGUCUGCCUGUGUAUUGUUGAACAGAGGGUUGGUCCUCACGGUCCGAGGCUGCAUUCUCUGCUUACUCCCAGAUGACCACUGCACCCCUAAGUUCACACACACAGAUGCAGGGGUGUGUGUUGGUCUCUGAUUGUAGCAUCUGCGUCUCUGCUGUGGUUGACGACACCCGACACACUGAGGUAUUAUGGGAACUAUGACCUCUGACCUCCCAUGAGCCUCUGCUCCACCAGGGGCGGGAUUUGGUACUCUGUUGCUAGGUGACGGAAAUAUGGGGCCAUGCCCACCUCAGUGUCCUGAUGUUAUGGAUGUCAUGGUCACUGAGGCCGUCACUCUGACCUAGAGUAGCCAAAGACACACCGGUUAAACUGAAACCUCUCAUUCUCCCUCAGCCAAUUACAUAGCAAGCCAAUUCAGAGAUCCACUAAUCUUAUCUGCUGGAUUCACUGUGCUGUUAUGCCAUUUGCUCAGAGCAGAUUGCAGACAGCCAUGUCCCCUGCUCUGAUUGGCCCAUAACCCCCUCCAACUUGCCCCCAGGAGGCGGGGAGAGUGUAUGUUCUCAGCGAGGUGUGUAGGGUGUGUUGGUGUGUUUGUCCCCAGCGCGUGGUAUUCUGUGUUUGUGCAGCGUUAACCCUCUGCUCUGCUCUCCCUCCAGACUGUAUCAGGAUUAACUGUACCGCCAGUAAGUCACACUCCAUCUCACACUACCUCUCAGUGUGUGUGUGUCUGUGCACGCGUGUUUGAAUUUGUGUGUGUGUUUGUGGAUGUGUGUGUGUGUGACUGUGUGAUUCUGCUAGAGUCCAGGGUUACUAAGGCAGCCAUUUUAGAGAAAAGGCAAGAGAGUAGAGUCAGAGUGAGGAAAGAGGGGGGUGGGGGGUGUUAGUGAAGGAGGUGAGGGGGGAACAGGAAAAAGAAUGAGGUACAGAGGGAAGACAGAGAAGAGCAAAGGGGAGAGAGAGAGAGAGAGAGAGAGAGAGAGACGAGAGAGAGAGAUGAGACGUGAGGAGAGAGAGGAGAGAGAGAGUAGAGAUGAGGAGGGAGAGAGAGAGAGAGAGAGAGAGAGAGAGAGAGAGAUGUACAGAGGAGUGUGAAGGUGUGGUGUUCCAUCACGGUGAUUGUCUGAAAGCUUCUUAGGGCUUUUGGUUAAUUAUGUCUCCUUCACGCUGGAAACAAAAGACUCUCUAUCCCUCCAUCCCUUUACAUCCCUCCAUCCCUCCCUCCCUCUGUCUGAGGGCUUUGUUUGUCUGGAUGUUGUUUUCGUGACUUGAGCUCUGUGGUGUGUGUCCUUUCACCACGGAUGUCGACUCUAUGUCGGUAUCCUGGUACUGGCACAGGGAGAAGGUGCUGCCAUGGGAACAAUACUAGCCAACUAUCCUAUCUCCAUCUGCAGUAUGUAACAUAAUGCAUUUUAUAAGCAUAUCAAAACCUUCAAAUGGAUUAUGAUUUUCUAAUGAUCCUGAGUUAUCAGCCACUUUGAGUCAAAAAUACUGCCAUAGAAAGAGCUUAAUAUUCUGAGUUGAUUAUAAAACAUAAAAAGAGUUGAUGAUAAUGUCACCAUUCAGUCUAUGGGCGUGCAAAAGGACAAUCAAUUAUAUUACAUACAUUUGAUUUGUAUAAGUCCCAUGGACAUUGGUUCCGCAAUUAGCCACUCUUCCAUGACCAUAUUUCAUGUCCUGUGAGUGAGUGAAUGUGUGUCCUGGCUGUUCUCAGGUUGACAUGGAUCACUGCCUCACAUAAGCCCAUUCACCCCAUCACACACACACACACAUACACUCAGGCAGUGAUCCAUGGUAACAGGAUGAGAUGCUCUUGCCCAGAGCACAGCUGAGACUCCUCAGGGGAGCCCUCUGUCCUCUCCUGAAAACUAAUCACACCUAACAUACCUCGCACACACUCACACAUGCAUGUACACACACAGAGAGACCUCACACAUGCGGCAAUAUGCUAUGUGUAUGUGUGUGUGUCAUGGUGCUGACAUUUCCCACAGCAAAAUCUGUCAGGCUGUUUACCUCUCGCCUUAUCAUCACCCCCCCCCCCCCCCCCACACACACACACACACACACACACUGACACACUGGUCUAGCCUGGGGAGAUUUCACUAUUUGAGAGAGAGAGAGAAGAAAGACUGACAGGGAGAGACAGUAAAUGAGGAGAGAUGGACAGAGACAGAGAACGAGGAGAGGGGGGAUGAAAGGAGGGAAAGAGAGAGGGACACAGAGAGAGAGAUGGACAGUGAGACAAAGAGCGAGAGAAAAGGGCAGGGAAAAAGAGAGAGAUGUAUGGAGAAUAUUCCUCCUGCUGAAUGCCAGCUCUACGUCCAGCCCUUCUAGCUACAGGGCUGAGUAUCUAGUGCCACCAUGUGGCCAGAAACGGUAGGACACUAUGGCAGGAGACAUGGUGUGUGUGUGUGUGUGUGUGUGUGUGUGUGUGUGUGUGUGUGUGUGUGUGUGUGUGUGUGUGUGUGUGUGUGUGCCUGCCUACCUGUGUGCCUGUGUGUGUGUGUAUGUGUUAACCCUACAGUGUGUGUGGGUGUGUGAAAAUAUGCCUAAGGUAUUUGUGUGUGUACAGGUAUGUGUGUGUAUUAACUAACUGGAGUGUGUGUAGGUAAGGGUCCAGAGACCAUCUUUGCGGGGGUGGGGCUGAAUGAUAAUGAGUGGCACACGGUCAGAGUGGUGCGUCGUGGGAAAAGCCUCAAACUCACCGUCGACGACCUGCAACCUGUAGAAGGUAACCAUAGCAACCCCCCAACACUGUCAACCCUGACCUUUCAGUUCUAACCUUAACCGCUGAUCUCAAACCCAUAACCUGCAGACCUGGCUCAAAUACAUACAAGCACUUGAAGUGUCUUGUAUUUAGCUUACCUGGUCCAAUGUAACCAAUGGAAUAGUCCCAAAAGUGCAAACUCCACUCUCCCGGCACUCUGGUCAAGCUAAAUCAAGCGCACCUCAAGUGUUUGAAUGUAUUUGACACCGGUCUGCUACCUCUCCCCUGACCCCUGACCUCUAACCCCUCCAGGUCAGAUGGCAGGCGACCACACCCAGCUGGAGUUCCACAACGUGGAGACAGGCAUUGUGACAGAGAAGCGCUUCAUGCCCGCUGUGCCCUCCAACUUCAUAGGGCACCUGCAGGGCCUCACCCUCAACGGGAUGCCUUACAUAGACCUCUGUAAGGACAGAGUACACACACACCUUACACACACCCACACACGCCUUACGCACACCUUUCACCAGGGGUGUCAAACAUACAGCCCGUAGGCCGGUGGUUUGAGUAAAAAUAAAUAUAUAUGUGUACAAAACAUUAAGGACACCUGCUCUUUCCAUGACAUAGAUUGACCAGGUAAAUCCAGGUGAAAGAUGAAAGCUAUGAUUGCUUAUUGAUGUCACUUGUUAAAUCCACUUCAAUCUGUGUAGAUGAAGGGGAGGCGACAGGUUAAAGAAGGAUUUUUAAGCCUUCAGACAGUUAAGACAUGGAUUGUGUGUGUGUGCCAUUCAGAGGGUGAAUGGGUAAGACAAAAGAUUGAAGUACCUUUGAACGGGUUAUGGUAGUAGGUGCCAGGCGCACCAGUUUGUGUCAAGAACUGCAACGCUGUAGAGUUUUUCACACUCAACAGUUUCCCUUAAUGGCCAUGUACUCUUAUAAUCGCCUGGUUCCUCUCUAGGUUUCUUCCUAGGUUCCUGCCUUUCUAGGGAGUUGUUCCUAGCCACCGUACUUCUUCAUCUGCAUUGCUCUUUGGGGUUUUAGGCUGGGUUUCUGUAUAAGCACUUUGUGACAUCUGCUGAUUUAAAAAGGGCUUUAUAAAUUAAUGUGAUUGAUUUGAUUGAUUUCCCAUGUGUAUCAAGAAUGGUCCACCCCCCCCCAAAGGAUAUCCAGCCAACUUGACACAACUGUGGAGUCAACAUGGAGUCAACAUUGGAGUCAACAUGGGCCAGCAUCCCUGUGGAAUGCUUUCAACACCUUGUAGAGUUCAUGCCCCACACAUUGAGACUGUUCAAAGGGAAAGGGGAAAGUGUUCUUAAUGUUUCAUACACUCAGUUGGGGAAAACGAACUCAAUAUACUUCACAAUGACUAAAACCAAAUAGAAACUGUAUAGAAAAGAAAAUAAUUCUACUGUAUAUUCAUACUGUUUCUUGACUGUGUCCAGCUUGCUAAUAAUCACCUAAAUGAAAGCUAGACAGUCAGGGAGCAUGGGAAAUUCCAAAAACGAUGGAUAGAGGACACUUUUCUAAAAAUGUUCACAGCGAGGAAAUAUAGGCAAUUUGUUGUGCGGCCCUCAGGAUCUUGUUGAAGACCGAAAAUUAGUUUGACACCCCUGGUUUACACACACCUCGCCCUCAACGGCAUGCCGUAGACCUCUGUAAGAACAGAGCAUUCACCUACCAACACUACUUAUACCCACACCUACACACACACCUUAAACAUACACAACUGCACUUACGCUGAAUGACACGCCAUACAUAGACCUCUGUAAGACCAGAGUACAGACACACCUUAUAUACACCUCACACUGGUAGGCAUGCCCUAUAGACCUCUGUAAGGAUAGAGUACACACGCCUACACACACCUUACACACACAUACAGUGCCUUCGGAAAGUAUUCAGACCCCUUGACCUUUUCCACAUUUUGUAACUUUACAGCCUUAUUCUAAAAUUGAUUAAAUUCAUUGUUUUCCUCAUCAAUCUACACAUAAUACCCCAUAAUGACAAAGCGAAAUCAGGUUUUUAGAAAUGUCUACAAAUAUAUUAAUAAUAAAAAACAGAAAUACCUUUACAUAAGUAUACAGACCCUUUGCUAGGAGACUCGAAAUUGAGCUCAGGUGCAUCCUGUUUCCAUUGAUCAUCCUUGAGAUGUUUCUACAACUUGAUUGGAGUCCACCUGUGGUAAAUUCAAUUGAUUGGACAUGAUUUGGAAAGGCAUACACCUGUCUAUAUAAGGUCUCACAGUUGACAGUGCAUGUCAGAGCAAAAACCAAGCCAUGAGGUCGAAGGAAUUGUCCGUAGAGCUCCGAGACAGGAUCGUGUCGAGGCACAGAUCUGGGGAAGGCUACCAGAAAAAUUCUGCAGCAUUGAUGGUCCCCAAGAACACAGUGGCCUGCAUCAUUCUUAAAUGGAAGAAGUUUGGAACCAUCAAGACUAGAGCUGGCUGCCCGGCCAAACUGAGCAAUCGGGGGAGAUGGGACUUGGUCAUGGAGGUGACCAAGAACCUGAUGGUCACUCUGACAGAGCUCCAGAGUUCCUCUGUGGAGAUGGGAGAACCUUCCAGAAGGACAACCAUCUCUGCAGCACUCCACCAAUCAGGCCUUUAUAGUAGAGUGGCCAGACGGAAGACACUCCUCAGUAAAGGCACAUGACAGCCCGCUUGGAGUUUGCCAAAAGGCACCUAAAGGACUCUCAGACCAUGAGAAACAAGAUUCUCUGGUCUGAUGAAACCAAGAUUGAACUCUUUGGCCUGAAUACCAAGCGUCACGUCUGAAUGAAACCCUCCACUAUCCCUACGGUGAAGCAUGGUGGUGGCAGCAUCAUGCUGUUGGGAUGUUUUUCAAUGGCAGGGACUGGGAGACUAGGUAGGAUAGAGGGAAAGAUAAACGGAGCAAAGUACAGAGAGAUCAUUGAUGAAAACCUGCUGCAGAGUGCUCAGGGCCUCAGACUGGGGCGAAGGUUCACCUUCCAACAGGACAACAACCCUAAGCACACAGCCAAGGCAACGCAGGAGUGGCUUCGGGACAAGUCUCUGAAUGUCCUUGAGUGGCCCAGCCAGAGCCCGAACUUGGACCAGAUCGAACAUCUCUGGAGAGACCUGAGAAUAGCUGUGCAGCGACGCUCCCCAUCCAACCUGACAGAGCCUGAGAGGAUCUGCAGAAAAUAAUUGGAGAAACAAAUACAGGUGUGCCGGGCCUCCCAAUUGGCUCAGUGGUCUAAGGCACUGCAUCGCACUGCUAGCUGUGCCACUAGAGAUCCUGGUUCGAGUCCAGCCGCGACCGGGAGAUCCAUGGGGCGGCGCACAAUUGGCCCAGCGUCGUCCAGGUUAGGGGAGGGUUUGGCCGGCAGGGAUGUUCUUGUCCCAUCGCGCACUAGCGACUCCUGUGGCGGGCCGGGCGCAGUGCACGCUGACACGGUCGCCAGAUGUAUGGUGUUUCCUCCGACACAUUGGUGCGGCUGGCUUCCGGGUUAAGCGGGCAUUGUGUCAAGAAGCAGUGCGGCUUGGGUUUCGGAGGACGCAGGGCUCUCGACCUUCGCCUCUCCAGAGUCCGUGCGGGAAUUGCAGCGAUGGGACAAGACUGUAACUACCAAUUGGAUUCCACGAAAUUGGGGAGAAAAAGGGGUAAAUUUUUUUAGAAUAAAAAUAAAUAAAUACAGGUGUGCCAAGCUUGUUGGGUCAUACCGAAGAAGACUCGAGGCUGUAAUCACUGCCAAAGGUGCUUCAACAAAGUACUCAGUAAAGGGUCUGAAUACUUAUGUUAACGUUUUUAUUUUUAAUAUAUUUGAUAAAAUUUCUAAAAACCUAUUUUUGCUUUGUCAUUAUGGGGUAUUGUGUGUAGAUUUAUGAGGGGAAAAACUAUUUAAUCAAUUUUAGAAUAAAGCUUUAACAUAACAAAAUGUGGAAAGGGGUCUGAAUACUCUCCGAAUGCACUGUACUUGAAUCAAUGUGUAGACAUGUCUACACACACCUUACACAUACAGUUGAAGUCGGAAGUUUACAUACACCUUAGCCAAAUACAUUUAAACUCUGUUUUUCACAAUUCUUGACAUUUAAUCCUAGUAAAAUGCCCUGUCUUAGGUCAGUUAGGAUCACCACUUUAUUUUAAGAAUGUGAAAUGUCAGAAUAAUAUUUAGAGAGAAUUAUUUAUUUCAGCUUUUAUUUCUUUCAUCACAUUCCCAGUGGGUCAGACGUUUACAUACACUCAAUUAGUAUUUGGUAGCAUUGCCUUUAAAUUGUUUAAUUUGGGUCAAACGUUUCGGGUAGCCUUCCACAAGCUUCCCACAAUAAGUUGGGUGAAUUUUGGCCCAUUCUCCUGACAGAGCUGGUGUAACUGAGUCAGGUGUGUAGGCCUCCUUGCUCGCACACGCUUUUUCAGUUCUGGCCACAAAUGUUCUAUAGGACUGAGGUCAGGGCUUUGUGAUGGCCACUCCAAUACCUUGACUUUGUUGUCCUUAAGCCAUUUUGCCACAACUUUGGAAGUAUGCUUGGGGUCAUUGUCCAUUUGGAAGACCCAUUUGCGACCAAGCUUUAACUUCCUGACUGAUGUCUUGAGAUGUUGCUUCAAUAUAUCCACAUAAUUUUCCUUCCUCAUGAUGCCAUCUAUUUUGUGAAGUACACCAGUCCCUCCUGCAGCAAAGCACCCCCACAGCAUGAUGCUGCCACCCCUGUGCUUCACGGUUGGGAUGGUGUUCUUCGGCUUGCAAGCUACCCCCUUUUUCCUUCAAACAUAACGAUGGUCAUUAUGGCCAAACAGUUCUAUUUUUGUUUCAUCAGACCAGAGGACAUUUCUCCAAAAAGUACAAUCUUUGUCCCCAUGUGCAGUUGCAAACCGUAGUCUGGUUUUUUUAUGGCGGUUUUGGAGCAGUGGCUUCUUCCUUGCUGAGCGGCCUUUCAGGUUAUGCCGAUAGGUCCUUUGCUGUUGUUCUUGGAUUGAUUUGCACUUUUCGCACCAAAGUAUGUUCAUCUUUAGUAGACAGAACGUGUCUCCUUCCUGAGCGGUAUGACGGCUGCGUGGUCCCAUGGUGUUUAUACUUGUGUACUAUUGUUUGUACAGAUGGAUGUGGUACCUUUAGGCGUUUGGAAAUUGCUCCCAAGGAUGAACCAGACUUGUGGAGGUCUACCAUUUUUUUUCUGAGGUCUUGGCUGAUUUCUUUUGAUUUUCCCAUGAUGUCAAGCAAAGAGGCACUGAGUUUGGUAGGCCUUGAAAUACAUCCACAGGUAUACCUCCAAUUGAUUCAAAUGAUGUCAAUUAGCCUAUCAGAAGCUUCUAAAGCCAUGACAUUUUCCAAACUUCUGACCAACUGGAAUUGUGAUACAGUGAAUUAUAAGUGAAAUAAUCUGUCUGUAAACAAUUGUUGGAAAAAUGACUUGUGUCAUGCACAAAGUAGAUGUCCAACCUGAGUGUAUGUAAACUUCCGACUUCAACUGUAAGUAUUGAACCCCCUGAGUCAAUACAUGUUAGAAUCACCUUUGGCGAUUACAGCUGUGAGUCUUUCUGGGUAAGUCUGGAUUAUGCAACAUUUGCACGUUAUUAUUUUCUAAAUUCUUCAAGCUCUGUCAAAUUGGUUGUUGAUCAUUGCUAGACAACCAUUUUUAGGUCUUGCCAUAGAUUUUCAAGCAGAUUUAAGUCAAAACUGUAACUCGGCCAUUCAGGAACAUUCACCGACUUCUUGGUAAGCGACUCCAGUGUAGAUUUGGCCUUGUGUUUAAGGUUAUUGUCCUGCUGAAAGGUGAAUUCAUCUCCCAGUGUCUGGUGGAAAGCAGACUGAAUCUUGUUGAUCCAUCCUCAGUUUUCUCCUAUCACUGCCAUUAGUAGCUAUUUUAAACUCACCAUUAGCCUCAUGGUGAAAUCCCUGAUUGGUUUCUUUCCUAUCCGGCAACUGAGGUAGGAAGGACGUCUGUAUCUUUGUAGUGACUGGGUGUAGUGAUUUACCAUCCAAAGUGUAAUUAAUAACUUCACCAUGCUAAAAGGGAUAUUCAAUGUCUGCAUUAUUUUUGACCCAUCUAACCAUAGGUGCCCUUCUUUGCAAGGCAUUGGAAAACCUCCCUGAAUCUGUUUGAAAUUCACUGCUCGACUGAGGGACCUUACAGAUAAUUGUAUGUGUAGGGUACAGAGAUGAGGUAGUCAUUCAAAAAUCAUGUUAAACACUAUUAUUGCUCACAGAGUCCAUGCAACUUAUUAUGUGACUUGGUAAGCACAUUUUUACUUUUACUUAUUUAUUUACACUCCUUACAUAGACCACUAAGACCAGAGUACACACACACAUCUCAUCCUUGGUCAUCUUGAUCCUAGGUAAGAAUGGUGACAUCGACUAUUGCGAACUGAAUGCUGUGAUUGGUUAUAAGAGCAUCGUGGCGGACCCGGUUACGUUCAGGUCACGGUCGAGCUACGUGACCCUGCCCACGCUCCAGGCUUACUACUCCAUGCACCUGUUCCUCCAGUUCAAAACCACCUCACCUGACGGACUUAUACUCUACAACAGAGGAGACGGAAACGACUUUAUAGUGUUGGAGCUGGUCAAAGGGUACGGCAUAAUUACUUAAUUAACUACCUAUUGAUACUAUAGUCUGUCUACUACUGAUACCGUACAACAGAGUAUAGCUAACUAGCUAACUACCUAUAGCUACUAUUUACAUUAAUGAUACUGUACAACAGAGGAUAGCUAACUAGUUAACUACCUAUAGCUACUAUUUACAUUACUGAUACUGUACGACAGAGGAUAGCUAACUACCUAUAGCUACUAUUUACAUUACUGAUACUGUACAACAGUGUAUAGCUAACUAGCUAACUACCUAUAGCUACUAUUUUCAUUACUGAUACUGUACAACAGAGGAGAUUAAAAUCACUUGGUGAAGGGACAUGUCAGAGUGAGACAACUAUCGACUCAUGGAUAUACAGUUCAUAUUAUAAUAUUCUAAUCCUAAUCACCUUCCGCAGCUACCUCCACUAUGUGUCCGACCUGGGGAACGGUGCUCACCUGAUCAAAGGGAACUCAAACUCUCCUCUGAAUGACAACCACUGGCACAACGUGCUCAUAUCCAGAGACACCAACAACCUGCACACUGUUAAGAUAGACACUAAGGUCACUACACAGACCACUAUGGGAGCCAAGAACCUGGAUCUCAAAGGUAACACACACACACCACACACACUGUACAUACCAUACUACCCUUCUACUACUAUGGAAUCUCUCUGCCUCAGCCCUUGUUCCCUAACAGCAGAGGGCAGUAUUGUCAGCUAAGAGAGAGACAGGUAUUGGUGCAUGGAGCUGUCACUCAAGUUGUGCUGUGCUCCUAUAGGUGACCUGUACGUAGGGGGAGUGGCUAAGGAGAUGUACCGGGACCUUCCCAAGCUCGUCCACUCCCGUGAAGGCUUCCAGGGUUGCUUAGCAACCAUUGACCUCAACGGCCAACUACCCGACCUGCUGGCCGAUGCUCUAGCUACCACCGGACAAGUGGAGAGGGGCUGUGAAGGUACACACACACACACAGGUACACACACACACACAAACCAUGAGUACCGACACAAAAAAAAGUAUAGAAAGACACACACACACCAGGACUUUCUCCUUACCAUUGCAUAUCAUAGCAUCUUUUUUUUAACUAAUUAUUUCGCUCUUGCUCCAGCUAACAGCUAUUUGUAUUAUGUUGGAGAUUAUCCCCCUUGCUUUGGCAUCUGUCUUUUUCUUCCAUCUUUCUCUCUCUUUCGCUCUCUCUGUUUUUUUGUUUGUUUUUUUACAGGCAUUUCUAUGCUUUGUUUUUACUAACCAUCUAAAAUAUUUUGCUUGUUGUUUUGUUUUUGUUUUCGGCUGACAAAAGUUGCAUUGAUGAAAGCUGACUUGCAAGGUAGAUCGCUGUGUGUGCGUGUAUGUGUCUGUGUGCGCUUGUGAUCGACUGGGUUCGAACCUGAGUCUCCUGCGCACCAUAAGUCUGUGUUAGCCUACUAAGCUAAAGUUUAGACAUUAGCUCAGCUAACGCAUGUGUUCAGGUCUCAGGCAAGGGUACUCGUUACGCGAGCAACCUCGGUUACACUUGUGGGUGCAUGUGUGUGUGGUGUGUUCUGACGUGACCUGUCCAGGUCACCGUAGUGACAUCAUCCCCUCAGUGACACCAUUACUGUUUAAUUUAGACCACACAACCUUCACCUCCUUCACUUGGAAGCAUGAUUCUAACCCCACCCCCUGCUUCUAACCCCACCCUCUUCUGUUUAACCCCUCCCUCCCUGAAUCUAACCUAGUGCUGGCCAACCUCAUGGACAGCUACAGGAUGUCCAGUGAAUUGGAAUUCCAAUUCAACAAUCCAAAAGUGCUAUUCAUUUUCAAUGAGGAUCAACUCUUAAAGGAAUGAUUCACAAAAAUGUUUGAAUUAAUGUUUGUUCUCUGGGCUGUUGUCGAUUUAACCAGAGCAUUUUUAAGGGCUUGUUCUGAUUAUUUUGUUACUUUCAGCAGCCUCUGGUUGACAUUAGCCUUUAUCGUUUAGAAGUUAAAGGAUUUGUCUUUCCAGGUCCCAGUACUACUUGUCAGGAAGACUCUUGCUCCAAUCAGGGCGUGUGUUUGCAGCAGUGGGAGGGAUUUAGCUGUGAUUGCAGUAUGACAUCAUUCGGAGGACCGCUCUGCAAUGACGGUGAGUCACCUUAUUUUUUUCUAUUCCUAUGUCCUAUUUCCUGUUUACUACUUUCAAUUUCCUGUUUACUACAUCCUGUUUCGGCUCAUUUGACAACAAGUCAUGUAAAUCUGUUGUCCACAGCGGGGACCACGUAUAUCUUUGGUCGUGACGGGGGUGUGAUUGUGUACACCUGGCCUCCUAACGAGCGCCCCAGUACACGGGCUGACCGGCUGGCGCUGGGCUUCAGCACACAGCAGAAACACGCUACGCUGCUACGGGUCGACAGUGCCUCGGGACUGGGGGACUAUCUACAGCUACAGAUAGUAAGGAUUACAUUGUUUAACACUUGCCUCUACAAAUCAGCACUCUGCUACACUACCAACUAUAACUCUUUCCCUUUCUCCCUUCCUAUCCUAUCCUCUUUCUCUAUCCCUAUUUGUCCCUCAAUCUCUCUCUCUCUCUAUGUCUCUAUUUUUCACUCCUCAGGAUAAAGGAAAUAUUAGAGUAGUGUUUAACGUGGGAACAGAUGACAUCAACAUUGAAGAGACUGCUAAAUUCGUUAAUGAUGGGAAGUACCACAUAGUUCGGUUUACCCGCAGCGGAGGCAACGCAACCCUGCAGCUGGACGACCUGCCAAUCAUAGAGCGUUACCCCUCAGGUAAGGACCGACCACAGCCUACACCUGCCUGUCACAGCCAAUCACACUAAAGGGCUUCGCUUCACUUCCUGAAUAAAAGGAAGUGACUAUAUAUCGUAACUGUUUCUUUCAGUUUUAAUAUAAGGAUGUUGUAAUGUUGCUGUUACUGAUGUUAUUACUACAUCAUAGCUACGUUACUAUUACAACUUGUGUUAUGACUUGCUGAAGAUCAAAUGUUUAUGUUAUGAUGUAAUUUUCCUGUUAAAACAUAAAAAAUAAAUAUGUAGUAACACUUCCCCUGUUGCCUUUACUCCAGGGAGUGUGUACUGACUGGUCAUUGAUGUUGCUAUGUUAAAUAGUGUGAUACAUAAAUGAACCAUGUAAACAUUUAAUACAAGUAGCAGUUGUGUUUUAUUUAAAAAAUAAAAUAAUAGCCAUUGGGGCAUUUGGCCAAACAGCAACACAAUAAAAAUGUCAUUUUCUGAGUAAACUAGACUGGGGAAAAAAACGAAGAGAACAAAUGAUUGUAUUUUUUUUUGUAUUGGGUUUUUAAACAUUUGUUGUUGUUUUUAUAUAAAAGUAGUAAUCAUAUAUUUUCGAGAGUUAUUUAGUUAUAUGUUAGCUAAAAGGCUAAACACUAGACAGAGAGGUGUAUGAGGGUUGAUCUGUUAGCUUUAACAGUGAUUAUCGUUAUUAUUAUUUUGUUUUAUCAAACUCUCUAAACCCAGUCAGAUGAGAUGUCUCCUGUCUGUCAGAUGUUAAUUAACUGUUUAAAUGUCUCUUUAAAUUAAAGCCCAUGAACAGAAAGUCAAUGUCCGCUCGCUGGUUGCUGCUCCUGAAUCUAACUCUUAUUGAAAUUAAUGACACAGCAACAAUGUUUGGACCGACUAACAGGACCUUGGUCAGGACUUUGACUUUCUCUUCAUGGCUGUUUAUUUUGUUGUCCAGCUCCUGUGCCAGGUGUUGAUGUGCGUAAUUACUGUGUUUUCAUCUUUAAAUUAAAGGCAACAUUGAUAACGAGCGCCUGGCCAUCGCUAGACAGAGAAUCCCCUAUCGACUCGGUCGAGUAGUUGACGAUUGGCUACUCGACAAAGGUAAAAACAUCAUUAAAAUUACUUAAAACUUUCAGCUUAAAAGUCAACCUGAAGCAAGUUGAAACUGUGACCAUCAACUAACAUCUAAAAUUAUAAAUCCAUAACUAAGUUUAAACGUUAUAGUAGCUGUUAGAGUGUAAUAUUGUCAGACUGUGUAAACUGUAGUGUAACUGUACUGUUCUGUAAUACACUACUUCACUGUAAACUGUAGAUAGAAAGGUUGAUAAAACCAGGUUAAAGGGACAAUGGAAAGAUUAAUCUGAAUAAAUGUGAAACUAGUACAGAUAAAAAGUGCUUUAUUAAGAUUCUGUCAUAAUGUUGUUUCUCCAAUUGUAAACAUUUAAAGGGUUCACUUAAUAAUAACUCCUCGUAAUAAAGCAUUUAUAAUGGUUUAGAAAAUAGUUUAUUCACCAUUUACUAAUCAUUAGUUAAAUACUUUAUAAAUGUUUUGAGUGACCAGUGUAAUUUCUCACAAAAAGAUGGACAAGCCAUUGGUAGAUAUUCCAGCAGUACCUGAUGCUCCUUAAAGGUCCAAUGCAGCCGUUUUUAUAUCAAUAUCAAAUCAUUUCUGGGUAACAAUUAAGUACCUUACUGUGAUUGUUUUCAAUUUAAAAUGGUCAAAAAGAAACAAAAAUAGCUUUUUAGCAACGACAAAUUUCUCAAGCAAGAAUUUAGCUAGGAUUGUCUGGGAGUGGUCUGAGUGGGGAGGGGGAAAACUGAUAACAGGUACAUUGUUACCCAUAAAUGAUUUUAGGCUUUAUUGAGAUAAAAGUUCCUGCAUUGGACCUUUAAAUUCUUCCGGUGCUUCAGUCUUUUAACCACAGACUAUUUUCACACAUGGCUUUGUUUGGCUGCACCUUUACUGGGCCUUUAAAAGUAGUAACUCUUUAAACGUAAUUGUAUAGUUCAGCAAAAUUAUGUAUUCAGAUAUUUGUUUCCUUACCUCGUAAGCAGUCUAUGGGCUGCUCUUAAUCUCUCAUGGAAUGAUUCUGUGCGUAAAAUCUAUUGAGCAGCAGUAGUUCCGGUGUUUGAUCACUGAUUAUUUGGCCAUACCAGGAUUGGGUGAAAGCGGUGCUUAAACUUUGACUGCUUCAUGCAUGUGGGGAAAUUAGCGGGUGGCGAUUUAGCAAACUCCCAAUUUCUAACAUGUAUGGACCCACGCAGCUGACCAAAUUAUGAGUUUACACUGCUCUAAGGAGUGACUGCAAUCAACACUUUGGUUUUGGUAGAAAAGUCACUGCCAAGAAAUGCUUAUGUUACCAUUUUCAGACAAAAAACAUUAUUUUACUCAACAUAAGGUGUGUCUGAAGUUACACAUCACACUAUUACAAUAGUGUGACUUUUGGAAUAAAAUGUUCAAUAUAUUUUCUUAAACAUCCUCUCUUUAGUGCUUAUUGUUUAACCACUCAUAUGUUCUAGGGGCCAUUUUGAGACCUUAAGGAGCAUCAAGCACUGCUGGAAUGUCUACCAAUGGCAUGUCCGUCUUUUUGUGAGAAAUUACACUGGUCACUCAAAAUGUUUAUAAAGUAUUUAUAAAGUAUAAAUAGCCCACACUUUAGAUGAGGCCAUGCAGAAAGACUUAACUAAUGAUUAGUAAAUGGUUUAUAAGGACCUAUAUUAAACAUCUUAUGAAUGAUCUUAUGAAUCAUUACUAAAUACUUUAAAAGUUGUUUAUAAAUUUGUGAAUAACUAGGUUACUAAAAUGUACAAAUGUGGGAGUAAUGAUUAAUAAAUGAUGAAUAAACUAUUUACUAAUCCAUUAUAAAUGCUUUAUUACGUAGAGUUAUUAUAAAGUGCCACCACAUAUAUCAAUGUUGAACAUCAUAAUCUGUAUAGUCAAAGUAAAGUUCAUAAUCAGAUAUUACUUGUAAGACUUGAGAGAUGUUAAAUGCACUGUUUUUUGUAUUAACCUCUUAAACUUCAGCAGAGCUCCUUUAAAUACCUGAAGUCCCUUUAACAGUGACCAGAGACAGAGCUAUGACCUGUGCAUGCUUCAUAGAGCUUCAUAUGGCUUUAUAAUGCUUCAUUAGGCUUCUUAGGGCUUCAUAAGGCUGUAAUAACCAUAUUUGUGGGAAAUCAAUCGAUAUGUCUGAUCAACAUGAUGACUUGCUCCUGAUGCGUCUCCAGAGCAACCAUCUCUCAGCUAUCUCAUGUCCUCUCUCUUCAUCCUCCUCUUCCUUUCAUCCUCUUUCCUCAUCUUCUUUUCCUCCUCCUCUCUUCCUCCUCCUCUCUUCCUCCAGCCCCCCAUUCCACAGUACAUCUCAGCCUUUGGUCAUGUCCCACAUCAUACUUACAACACGCUAACAUUACGAUUAACGUGUAUAUUGUCAUCACACCGACGACUCCUAUGUAUGCGUCUGUAUGUGUGUGUGUGUGUGUCCAGGCCGCCAGCUGACCAUCUUCAACAGCCAGACGACAGUGACGGUGGGAAGAGGAAAGGAAGCAGGUCAGUUCCAGGGUCAGAUGGCCGGUCUCUACUACAACGGACUGAAGAUACUCAACAUGGCCGCCGAAGGACACGCCCACAUCCGCCUGGAGGGCAGCACACGAUUGGUUGGGGACAUGCCCUCCUCCAUCACGCCCCAAUCCAGCGCUGCCGCCGGGGCAAACCGAUCAGACCCUGCCGCCAAUGCCGGCGACAUCACCACGACAACCGCCACAAACAGGAAGCAAGGAGGAGGAACUACGCAGCAGGUAGGAAACUAACUAUGACACUAAGGCAUAAACAGGCUAACUAAGCUAUUCAUAACCUCACAGAUAUAGAUACUAUAUUCUGUAUCUGCUAUUACCAGUCAGGAGGUUAUGAUGAACAGGCUCUCUUAGUUUGUGUGUGGAGAGGGAUUCUGGAUUAUCAAAUAGUCUGUCGCACUCUGAAAAAGAAUAAUUUCCAAUGAUGUGAGUUGCCAUGGAGAUAGUGAACCCUCUUAGGUAUUCUCUCUCUCUCUUUCUCUCUCUCUCUCUCAUGCUCCAUAGUGUAUAGCUCCUCUGUGUAUAGGCUGCCAGAUACCUCAGACAUAAAUAAUGGAAUGCAGAGCCUCAGGCAUCAAUAAUAUAUAUAGAUGGAUGGAUGGCUAGAUGGUGGGUUUGAGUGAUGGAGUGAGACACUGUGUUCCUUUUUACACCUCAGACAUGCGUGUGUGUAGUUGGUGGUGUAACUGGUUUGCAGAGAGCAUUGCAGAUGAGUCAAUAUCCCAAGAUGGGAACUAGGUCAGACAGAAUGUAUGCUCGAUAUGGUGCAGUGUGUGUGUGUGUGCAUGCUUGUGUGUGUGUGUAUUGCAGUUUGUGUGUGUUUAAUAAGAAACACUGAUCUACUGCUGGGGUUACCUAGCAACCAAGCUGUAUUCAACAAGUGUUAAUGGACACACACAAACAUAUAGAGGUAACAUGUAGGCUGUACUUAGUUACAGUCGGUUGCAGCAGAGGGAGGAGCAGUGAAACCACUUAAUGAUGGAUCAGAGCAUGUCAUCGAUUUUGUGACUGUGCGCGCUUGUGCGCGUGACGUGUGUGUAUAUGUGGCGUGUGUGUGUGCGUGUGAGUUUUAUGUGUUUCUUCCUGCAGCCCUGAGUUUAGUGAGACUCUCUCCUAUGAAGUCUGCGUUACUAAUAAUGCAAAAGAGUGUGUGUGCUGCAUGGCUCUGUUUUUCGCUACAGUCUGCUCUGACUCACUCUGCUCAGUUUAGUUUUGAUGUUAUCGGUGUGUGUGUGUGCGUGUGUGUUUUUGCGUGUGCGUGCGUCCGUCUGUUAUAUGGGUAGAAGCAACUGUAGCAAUCUCAGUCUCCUCCCUCUCUCUGUCUCCCUCGCACUCUCUCUCUCUCAGCAGUGAUAGGUAGUCUCCUCUUGUCUCCGUGCUGACAGAGCUGCAGCCAACAGAGUGUGUGUGUGUGUUAAAGUAGAACUAUGGCUGUACGGCGGAAGCACUAGAGCAGUGUGUGUACACCGUGUGUGCGUGAGUGUGUGUGUUAUGUGUUAUGUGUGAGCUAGGCAGUCAGGCAGGCAUGGACGCUCGCUGGCAUUGUUCGGCUGCUCAGGUACUGAUUUUACUCCUUCAGCAUGAUCCCAUCUAUCUCCUUCAUCUCUACCUUUCCUUCUUUCUUUCUUUCUUUAUCUGUCUCUUUCCUUUUCGGUUUUUCUUCCCCUCUUUCUUUAUCUCUCACUCUCUUCCUUUCUUUAUUCAUCUGUGCUGGAAGGCGGCGUGCAUCGCUGCUAGAUUGAUAAGGCUAUAGAGGAGAGACGGAAGACGGAGAGAAAAAGAGAUGAGGCUAUAGGAAGAUGUUGGCAUGCAUUGUUCAGGAGUGUGAGUGUGCAUCAGUGGAACAGACUUGGCUCACUUUUAAUUGACAACUUAAAGGGCUGUGGUUUGAUUGACAGGUCUGUAGUUUGAUUGACAUGUGAGUAGAGGUUAGCUGAGGAGACAGUUCCAUUUGGAGUCUAGAAUGAGUUGGAGUCAUUAGUCAAAUAAUUUAUCAGCUUGAUGCAGAGAGAUGGAGGGUUAGAGUUACAGGUAUUGAAAAAGCAUUGAUCUAAACAUACACAUCUGCUUACAGUUGCUCUUGAUCAAUCACGUUCAGGCAAUUGGGGCCAUGGGCACCCUAUAAGCAGACAACGUUAUGUUUACUUUUCUCCCAGGAUUUUUGAUUGUCUAAUUAGCAAAAGUGAAAUCUAUCACAUCGUUGCAAGAUGUAUCUGGCUGAUGUAGUCAUUCAUGUGAGGUUAGCUUGUAUAGUGCUUUUUACUAGACUUCUGUAGUGCUGUAUUUCUGUUAUCUUGGGAUGCAUUACGCUAAAUGUAUUUGUAUAGAUUUUUUGUGAGGGUUUUUGUGGGUUCUAGUCCCGUUCUAUGUUGGGUUCUAGACCUGUUCUAUAUUUGGUUCUGCUGUUCUUUCCAGUCCCCGUACUGAGGUUAGUUAUGACUACUGCAAUGCAUCACACUCCCAUUUUAAUACACCACUGACUCUCAGUGUGGGUUUAAAACACGCACACACACACACUCUCUCGCACACAAACACAUGCUUAUGCACACACACACACAUUUCUCAGCGGGCGAUGUUUAACUAGCUCAUGAAUAUGCACACUUGAUUAUCAUGAUGUUAACUUAAGCUGCAACACUUUGAUGUCUCCUUCCUUCUCUUCUUGUGCUUUCCUUAUCCUUUGUCCCUCUCUCCCUCCAUCACUCUCUUCCUUCAUCUCUUUCUCUUCUAUCAUCUGUCUCUCUCCCAACAUAGCUCUUUCUUUUUCUCUCCCUAUAUCCAUUACUUACCUCUCUCUCUCUCUCUCUCUCUCUCUCUCUCUCUCUCUCUCUCUCUCUCUCUCUCUCUCUCUCUCUCUCUCUCUCUCUCUCUCUCUUUCUGUCUGGUGGUGAGUGUCAGUGUUUCAGGUCUCUCAGCGAAACACUCCCUUAAUUUUAACGGCCUGAACUUAGAGUUGCCAUGGCAACAGGAAGGAGAGUAGGAGAUGGGAGAGGGCGCUGCCAAAGAGAGAAAGGGUGGAGGAGGAGAGGAAGUAUAGAGAGAGAGUGAGUAAGAGGAGGCGGGGGGGGGGGUUGGCCAAAGGAGCAUCUUCCCAACUUGUGUUGCUCAUUGAACACAGAGAGAGCAGGGCAGGGACAUGAAGGGUUCAUAGUUAAUACACUGUAGUUAUUGUUGGUUAGUUACUGUAUUACAGUUACCUUAAUAUACUAUAUAUGUACACACAGUCCUCAGAGAUCAGCAAUCAGCACAUAGGUGGACCACAAUACAAAGAGGAAAGUAGGAAGGUAGGAGGAAGGAGAGAUGGGGAUGAAGAAAGUGGGAGGGAUUGAGGGAGAAGAUAGGAAAAGGAGGAAGGGCCAGAAAAAUCUAAUCAAAUUAAAUGUUAUUUGCCACAUGCGCCGAAUACAACAGGUGUAGACAUUACAGUGAAAUGCUUACUUAGAAGCCCUUAACCAACAAUGCAGUUUUUUAAAGAAAAAUUUAAAAUAAAAAAAGUGUUAAUUAAAGCAGCAGUAAAAUAAAAUAACAGUAGGGAGGCUAUAUAAAGGGGGGUACCGGUACAGAGUCAAUGUGCGGGGGCACCGGCUAGUCGAUGUAAUUGAGGUCAUAUGUACAUGUGGGUAGAGUUAAAGUGACUAUGCAUAAAUAAUAAACAGAGUAGCAGCAGCGUAAAAGAGGGGGGUGGGGGGUGGGGGGGGCAGUGCAAAUAGUCCAGGUAGCCAUGAUUAGCUGUUCAGGAGUCUUAUGGCUUGGGGGUAGAAGCUGUUAAGAAGCCUUUUGGACCUAGACUUGGCGCUCCGGUACCGCUUGAUGUGCGGUAGCAGAGAGAACAGUCUAUGACUAGGGUGGCUUGAGUCUUUGACAAUUGUUAGGGCCUUCCUCUGACACCGCCUGGUAUAGAGGUCCUGGAUGGCAGGAAGCUUGGCCCCAGUGAUGUACUGGGCCGUACGCACUACCCUCUGUAGUGCCUUGCGUUCGGAGGCUGAGCAGUUGCCAUACCAGGCCGUGAUGCAACCAGUCAGGAUGUUCUCGAUGGUGCAGCUGUAGAACUUUUUGAGGAUCUGAGGACCCAUGCCAAAUAUUUUCAGUCUCCUGAGGGGGAAUAGGUUUUGUUGUGCCUUCUUCACGACUGUCUUGGUGUGUUUGGACCAUGAUAGUUAGUUGGUGAUGUGGACACCAAGGAAGUUGAAGCUCUCAACCUGUUCCACUACAGCCCAGUCGAUGAGAAUGGGGGCGUGCUCAGUCCUCUUCUUUUCCAGAAUCCAGUUGCAGAGGGAGGUGUUUAGUCCCAAGAUCCUUAGUUUAGUGAUCAGCUUUGAGGGCACUAUGGUGUUGAUCGCUGAGCUGUAGUCAAUGAAUAGCAUUCUCACAUAGGUGUUCCUCUUGUCCAGGUGGGAAAGGGCAGUGUGGAGUGCAAUAGAGAUUACAUCAUCUGUGGAUCUGUUGGGGCGGUAUGCAAAUUGGAGUGGGUCUAGGGUUUCUGGGAUAAUGGUGUUGAUGUGAGCCAUAACCAGCCUUCAAAGCACUUCAUGGCUACAGACGUGAGUGCUACGGGUCGGUAGUCAUUUAGGCAGGUUAUCUUAGUGUCCUUGGGCACAGGGACUAUGGUGGUCUGCUCAUGUGAAAAAUGUCAGUGAAGACACUUGCCAGUUGGUCAGCACAUGCUCGGAGUACACGUCCUGGUAAUCAGUCUGGCCCUGCGGCCUUGAAAAUGUUGACCUGCUUAAAAGUCUUACUCACAUCGGCUACGGAGAGCGUGAUCACAUAGUCAUCCGGAACAGCUGAUGCUCUCAUGCAUGCUUCAGUGUUGCUUGCCUCGAAGCGAGCAUAGAAGUGAUUUAGCUCGUCUGGUAGGCUUGUGUCACUGGGCAGUUCGCGGCUGUGCUUCCCUUUGUAGUCUGUAAUAGUUUUCAAGCCCUGCCACAUCCGACCAGCGUCGGAGCCGGUGUAGUACGAUUCUAUCUUAGUCCUGUAUUGACGCUUUGCCUGUUUGAUGGUUCGUCGGAGGACAUAGCAGGAUUUCUUAUAAGCUUCCGGGUUAGAGUCCCGACCCUUGAAAACGGCAGCUCUACCCUUUAGCUCAGUGCGGAUGUUGCUUGUAAUCCAUGGCUUCUAGUUGGGGUAUGUCACUGUGGGGACGACGUCAUCGAUGCACUUAUUGAUGAAGCCAGUGACUGAUGUGGUGUACUCCGCAAUGCUAUCUGAAGAAUUCCGGAACAUAUUCCAGUCUGUGCUAGCAAAACAGUCCUGUAGCUUAGCAUCUGCGUCAUCUGACCACAUUUUUAUUAACCGAGUCACUGGUGCUUCCUGCUUUAGUUUUUGCUUAGGAUAGAGUUAUGGUCAGAUAUGCCAAAUGGAGGGCGAGGGAGAGCUUUGUAUGCGUCUCUGUGUGUGGAGUAAAGGUGGUCUAAAGUUUUUUUUCCUCUGGUUGCACAUUUAACCUGCUGGUAGAAUUUAGGUAGAAGGAGAGAAGAGGAGGGGAUGGAUAAGUGAUCCCUUGUGAUUAGCUCACAGCUCGUAACUAACACCUCUCUCCGCCUCUUCUCUUUCUCACUUCCUUUCUCUCGCUUUCUCUCCGCCUCUCUCUUCACAAUUUGGAAGUUUGCCAGGACUCGGGGCAGUAACAGUGUAUGUGUGAAUACUGUGUGCGGUGUUGUCAUGUUCAUGCAUCUGGAAAAUCUGAAAAUCGAAAUGUAUUUGACUACAAGAUGAGCGUUUUAUUGUGUUCUGUUUGCAGAAUGAGAGGAGCUCUCUGAAAAUACUUAACAUGUAAAUAACAUUAACAUAAAAGGAUACAGUGAUUAAUAAAUAUUACAAAAAAACAAUAGCGUGUGUUUAAUGAUACAUUGUCUCUCUCCAGUCAACAGACGACCUGCUGGUGGCGUCAGCUGAGUGUCCCAGUGAUGACGAGGACAUUGACCCAUGUGACCCCAGCUCUGGUAAUAUAUACCAUAUACAGUACAAACUACUACUAUACUACCACACUACUACCCUGACACACUAACAGUCUGGCUAGUAGACUAGAGAAACAUUUGGGUUUAGUGUGCAGCAGAAGGUUUACCCUGCGAUCACACAUUUGCAGAAUUGCUGCACUCCAUUCUGUAGUGCAAGUGAAACUAUAGAGCACUGUCCUAUCUCAUUUUUCCAUUAAUAAUACUAAUAAUACUAAUAAUAAUAAUACAUGGAAUUUUUAUAGCGCUUUUCAAGAAUCCACAGACGCUUUACAGUAUCAAAGAAACAAAAACCAAAGCAAAAACAAUGCCAGACUAAACAGAAAGAUGAUGGACAAUGAUGGCAACUAACAUGGAGGAAAACGUUAGACUAUACAGACAACUCUCUCUAUCCCCCUCUCCCUCCCCUCUCCCCUCAUCCUCCCUCCAGCAGCCCACCCCCCUCUCCCGGAGGUCAAACCGUUCCCGGGGACAUCAGAGGUAGUGAGGGAGUCCAGCAGCACCACAGGCAUGGUGGUGGGCAUCGUGGCAGCCGCCGCCCUCUGCAUCCUCAUCCUACUCUACGCCAUGUAUAAGUACCGUAACCGCGACGAGGGCUCGUACCACGUGGACGAGAGCCGCAACUACAUCAGUAACUCUGCCACCCAGCCUAAUGGCAGCACCAAGGACAAGCCGCUGGGCAUCGCCAAGAUCUCCAAGAAUAAGAAGAACAAAGAUAAGGAGUACUACGUGUGAGGAGGGGGGGGGACACCCUAAUGACAUUUAUAUAUACACAUCUACACUUAUACAGACAUAUGCACACAUACAGGAGGACAUGCUCUGAGACACACACAUACACACACAGAAAAGAAAAGAAAAACACACAGAGACAAAGAGACUGUCAUGAGGGCAGAGACCCAUACUGUACAGUAAUAAUAACCACUAACCACAGCCUCUCUGUGUGAGGCCUGUGUUCGACCAGAUUAACCGGUAUAACAAGCAGAGGAACCACCAGAUAGACUCCUAGUAAAGGACCAGUUUAUGACAAGUAAAGGACCAGUAAAGAGCAGUUAUUUUAAAGGACCAGUCCCCUGUCUCUCCCUGCUAUAAACUGUCCUGUAGACUGGGAAAGAACACAGAGAACGCUAGUCUUCUUUCAUACGGAGUCACAAUCAGUAUAUCCAGAUUAACACCCUGAUAAACUCUCAGUUACAAUUGGGUGUAAGGCUGGUGUUGUCCAAUGGGGGAACACCAGAUUACCUGAACCCUGCCCCUAACCCCAGCCCACCAGUCAGCAGAAUGGACGUUACCGCGGCAAUAAGACAGGAAGAGUCACAACCACCAGGGUUGCCAUGGUGGCUCUGUUUGCCGACUUGCUGGGGAGGGACGGAGUAGGGGGUGUACGUGGAAAAAGGAGCUGUGUGUGUUUGAAGUGUUGCUGGGACAUUUAUUUUACAACUUUAUACAACGUACGUUACAACGUUGUAUCAACCCAUCAAGACUAUGAAAACAAGAGAGACUUUGACUCUGGAGAGGAGACCAGACACCAGAACUACCUACCUACCUACACAUAA